AUGGGUAAUUUACGGAACAGGACGCGAAAAACAUCUAGAAAGAGGAAAGCUACUUCAUCUUUCGAAAACAUACACAAAGAUGAAGGCAAGAAGCAGAGAAAUGAGGCAGAAGCUGAACCACCAACAGUUGCAGAAACAACGCCUUCCCAAGGCGGCGAGCAGCCUAGGCCGUCAAAUUCUGAGGCAUGUUCUUCCACCCCACUCUCGAGGUCAAGUAAGAAAAUUAACAAGGAAAAUGAAAAUUAUUAUUGUGAAAAGGAAAAUGAGGAUUGUGGAGAGAACUCUGGAUUUGUCCUAAUUGACUUUGCAAUCUUGUCGGACGUGUUUAGCAGUCUCUGUUGUCCAGUUUGUAAAAGCUUAAAUUUACGGUUAAUGGAACUAACUGGAAAACGAAGAGGAUUUGCUGUCACAUUUUGUUUGAUUUGCCAAGGUUGUGCUUGGGAGAAAGAGUUUGUCAGCUCAAAUUCAGUGACUGAUAAGACAAAAAGAAGUAUGGAAGUAAACGUGAGAAUGAUCAUGGCAUUCAGAAACAUUGGCUGCGGUUUAGAAGCUAUGAACACUUAUUCCAUGAUAAUGAAUAUGCAUAAACCGAUGACACAGAAAAACUACAACAGUUUGAUUGACAAUCUUCAUGUUGCCUAUCUUGAGGAGGCUGAAACAUGCAUGAAAGAAGCUGUUGAGGAAGUUAAGGAACAAAGUGGCUCAAUAGAUUUUACAGCUAGUUUUGAUGGUACAUGGCAGAAGCCAGGACAUGCAUCUUUAAAUGGUGUUGUUACUGCAGUUUCUAAUGAAUCUGGCAAAGUUUUGGACUUUGAAGUAAAGUCUAAAUACUGCAAAGCUUGUGAAAAGAAAAAUGAUUUUAACAAGGAUUCACUCGCUUACUUGCAGUGGCAGAUCCGGCAUGAAUCCAGAUGCAGUAUGAAUCAUAAAGGAUCGUCUGGAUCCAUGGAAGUUGAAGGAUUACAGGAUAUAUUUAAAAGAAGCAUGGAGAAAUAUGGGAUAAGAUACACCACUUUUAUUGGUGAUGGUUAUUCUUCAUCAUUCUCUACAAUUUCAAAGGAAAAACCAUAUGGUGCUGAUAUUGAAAUUAGCAAAAAAGAAUGUAUUGGACAUGUCCAAAAGCGCUUAGGAACAAGGUUAAGAAAGUUAAAGUCAAGUUGUGGAAAGAAAAAAUUAAAAGAUGGCAAGGGUAUUGGUGGAAAGGGCAGAUUGACUGAAAAAAUGAUUAAUAAAAUGCAGAAUUAUUAUGGAUUAGCAAUUCGUCAUAAUAAAAACAACUUGCAGGGAAUGAUGAAUGACAUAAAAGCAGGACUUUAUCAUUUAGCUUCUUCAGAUUCUCAUCCGCAGCAUAACUUGUGUCCUGUAGGAAAACAAUCUUGGUGUACCUGGCAGAAGAACAAGGCAGAUGGAAAGACAGGUUACAAGCACAAGUCAUAUCUACCCUCAGCAAUAGUUGAUGUGGUGCUGCCAAUUUAUGAUGAUUUGAGCGAUAAAUCUUUGUUGACUAGUUGCCUUGAUUCAUUUACACAGAAUCCAAACGAGUCUCUGAAUAAACUUAUUUGGGCUAGGUGCCCUAAAAAAAUUUAUCAAGGUAGAAAAGUUGUUGAACUGUGCACUGCAAGUGCAGCUACCCAUUUUAAUGAUGGUGCAUCAUCAAUUGCAAGAGUUCUGCAACGGUUUCAUAUCUGUCCAGGUAAACAAACCAACUUCGCUAUUCAAGCAUGUGACAGAAAAAGGAUAACUUUUGCAGAAAGAAAGGCCUCUUAUAAAGAAAAGAAUAGAAGAAAAAAGCUGAGGGCAAUCAAAAAAGGGUUUGUGGGACCAUGAAAAAGAAAAGGAAGGAAAUGUGUAUGAAAGUGGAGCACAUUGAACUACGAUUUCCAUAAUACUUAUGUUUAACAAGCGUUUUCUCAAAAUGUAAAAAACGUCAUGCAGGUUGCCUUUGUGACAAUGAUUUUUCAACAUUUUUCAGCAGAUUCAGAAGAAAUUUUCAGGUUAUGUUUAACACCUAUUGCCCUAGUGAAUAAGACAGUUUGAGAGCCCUACCCUUCCUAUGAGCAAUGGUAGAAGCUAAAAAGUAGGCAAAAGUCUGCUGUGUUUAACGUUGACCAUGUUGAAUAUGAAAAUUCUCAGUACCCUUAAAAGAUAUCUCAAUGAUAUUCUCUUAUUCACCAAAAAUACCCUUUUCCAACACAUUUUACAAAUAUAAACUAAAAAGCUCAACUCAAGUUGAAAAAUCAUUGUCACAAGCACAACUACUGUUUUUGCUAUUGUUCUAUCCGCCAUUUUGGCUAAUUUGCAUAUUUUAUUACAAAACUUGAAUUUUUGAUUUUUUUAACUCUAAUUCUGUAUGUGUACCAAUUUUUAUUGAAAUACAACAAAGAAAUAAAAAGUUUUGCCUGAGAGGGGUUAGCUACCUUGAUCUACUACAUCUCUCAGACUCUCAUUAACACUGGUGGAACCAAAUGGUGUAUUUACAAUUUCGUUGUUUGAAUGAGCUUGUUUCGAAUGAGAAUUGACAAGACAAGAUUCUGGGGUGAAUUGCAUUCUUUACUUUUGGGAUUUGAUGAUGCCUCAAGUGCGCUGCCUUCUUUACCUUUGGGACUUGCGGAGGUACUAGGUGUUGUAUUUUCCUCUUUUCAAUUUCUUCUGUUGUUUCUCUUCUUUUUAUUCUUCUUUUUGUGCACCUUUUCGAUCUUUUCAACAGAAGUAUCUUCAUAGACAAUUGGUAAUUUUUUUUGACUUGAUGCUGUUAUUGUUUUCUGUCUUAUCUGAUUGUUCUUUUCUUUCUAUCUGAUUGUUCCUAUUGUUUACUGCUGUUGUUUUUUCUGGGUUGUUUACCUUGCAAUCUGUGGCACAUUUUUGCCUAAUUUCAAUUUAAGGGAAAAAUUUUCCUCUAGCAGAUUAAGGUCUGUAUCCCGUUCAGUUUGAAGCAGACUUUGCAGCUCGACAACGGAUUUCGCUAGUCUCUCAAAGCUUAUAUAGAUAUCUGCGGGUGGAGAUGGCGUGGAUCUUUCAGGUGGUGGUGAUUUACCCAGACUGUUGGUGGCUGCUGAAAAUAUUGGUCUUCAAGGUGGUGUUGAGACUCCAUCAUAAAACUUGAAAAAUGAAUCAUUGAAGCAAGCCUCCUUGACAUUCUGUUCUCCAUAUAUGGCAUCAUUUUGCUCGCCUUCUGCAUCCAACUAAGUGUCUAUUGAAUCUGACAUCACUGCCUUCGCUGCAUAUCUGUCCUCAUCAGACUUCAGUUUCAGUAGGCCAUGGUCGAUCACUUUCAGGAGCCUCAUAGCAAGUUCAUCUUUCUUUCCCAAUAUCGAUAGAUUUCGCUUGGAGAGUUUGGCUUUUAAUUUACCAACCUUUAGUUUCUUGAUUGCAGUGGCAUUUAACUCAGUCAUACUUAUUUUGAUGAAAUAUUCGUAGGAAAUUGAGUCGGAAAAUUAACCAUCAACGCAACGCGUGUCCGAUGGCGAAGAAGAAGGCAGUGAUGUCUCAUCGCCAAAGAAAACUUCGUACCUUUCUUCGAACUCUCACUGGGAACAAUAAACCUGCCACGAUUUGAAUGUCAAUACCAUUUGCUCGGGAAUUUGUUUAAGACAAUGUUUUACCAUAUCCUUUGGACGAUUUCUUGAAGCUUGGAACAUUUUCUCCAUAACUUUGAGAACUUGACUUUCUCUUUAGACUUGCUUCACAAUAUCUAGAAAAGAUGAGUUGUGUAAGCUUUAUGUUUUUUUUUGGGGGGGGGGGAAGCAUAGCUAAAUAAGCAUCAAUAGAAUUACUGAUAUGGGUUUUGAAUGCAGGGCAGAGUUAUGUGGAGCAGAAGAAAUUGCAGGUGUUACAUCCUGGAGCAAAAUCCCCUUAUCCAUUAAAACAAUCUUCUUCAACCAUGGCUUUUUCUUGAAAAUCUUUGGUUUUCUCAACCAAAUAAUGACCUACUGUGUUCUUACUUUACCUAUACAUUUCUUCUACCUAUACAUAAGAACAUUUCUUUUUCAUAUAGAUAUUAGCCAGCUGUUAUGCAGAAGUGUAGCCAAAGAUUAGGGUGGUAGAAGUGAACGACGGAGAAAAUCCCUUUUCAAAGAUGUUUUUUUGCAUUUGGGGAGCGUUCGCCUGCCUUGCUAGGCUAUGGCAAAAAGAUUCCCUUACCUCCCAUUUUUAUUGAUUAUUUUUCAAUUAAUAAAUUAAUUGUUGUUUGUUUAACUAUUAAUUGUUAAACACUAGUUAUAUCAAGACAGUUCUUUACCUUUAAUAAUUUUCUUUGAAAAAUUCUUCUCCAAGGGUGGUUAAUAUGGCAGUCAAUGACAAUUUGUUUCUUUUCUGUAAGCAGCUGUACUUAAGGCCCAGGUUAUACAUUGUGCUUCUCAUGUGCCAAACCUAAUUAGAUAAGUUUGACAUAAGCUCGCCUCUGGCUUGACGUCAAGUUAAACGUUCAACCAUUGUAUCCAGUUGCUUUGGUAUCCAAACAGGCCAUAGAUCACCAUAAUUUUUCAAGAUGGCUUUAACUUGCAGAGAAAAAAUAUUGCUUUUGAAGAAUAUGAUUUCAAAGCAUCGUAAUCGUCUUAAGUGUUGGAAAUUUUUUAUUCAAGGAAUGGCUAUCAUUGUACAACAGAGGCUACUAGCAGCUACUUGUUUAUUUGUAAAUAGCAAGCGGUCAAAAAAGCGGAUUAGGUCAUGCAGAAGGUUGCCAAGAAAUACAGGUUGGUGAGACAAACUCUGGUUUACCUACGACAAUAAACGGUUCAAGCAAACCCUAUGAGUAUCAAGAUCGACAUUUGAAUUGAUACUGGCAAGGAUAAGGCUGCAACUUCAGAGGCAAAUGCUUACUAGAGAACCCAUUUCUCCCGAACUUCGUUUAGCUAUCUGUCUAUCUUGCCUUGGUAGAGAGGACUAUCUUUAUAGCAUAGUGAAAAUAGUAGGCCUUACAGUGACAAAAAUUUUUGACAAGGUCACCCAAGCAAUUUUUUAUUUUCUUUGAUAGCAGUUUGUAUCUAAUAAUAUGCCAAAAACUGAAGAUGAAUUUCAGAGCAAGAUGUUAGAUAUGGAAGAGCGUUGCCAGUUUCCCUGUAGUUGGGCAGCCGUUGAUUGAUGCCACAUCCCCAUUAAAUGCCUACCUGGUCAUCAGAAUAUCAUAAUUUCAAGAACUUCUAUUAAAUUUUCUUAAUGGCAUUAGUGGAUGCUAAAUAUCGCUUUAACUGGGGAAGUUGUGGAUUUCCUGGGAACUCACAUGACUUGAUCAUUUUACAAUUGACCUCUUUGUGGAAAAAAUAUAAGAUGGAAAAAUAAUUCCAGAGGUCUGUCAAGAAAUAGAUGCUGUUCAAAUUCCUCCCCUUAUACUAGGAGAUUUUGCCUUCCCCAUUGAAUCAUUUCUUAUAAAACCUUACAGACAGAAUAGAGUGUGGGGAAUUCUGCGUAGAUAGCCCUGUGCUCGAAUAGAAUUCCCAGUGACACCAAAUAACUCACAAUUUUGUUAAACUCUCAAUGAUGAUUCGCAAUUCGUAAUUCGUGAGUAAGUCCUACCGAAAGUUUACAGGUAUAUAUACCAUUCUAAUGGAAAGUUCUAGAACCUAUAUUAUAACCAUGAGUCCACAAAACUAUAAUUAGAAUUUACCUGAAAGCUCUGCCAUGAUGACGUUAGCAACCUAUUACAUGAGAAUCUAAAUUUACUUUAGCUAGAAACCUCCCGAAAGAGCUAGAACAACUAUUACGAGGCUAAAUAUGAAAACGAGGCUGACUAGGAAGUUCGAUUAAAUUAAGGUUGGCCUAAAUGACGGAUAGGAUAAUCGUUGUUAUAUACGUGUUUACAUAAAGAUUUAAAUGUCAUAAUCAGUCAGCAAAUAUCAAAGGUAAGCUUCUCUAGAAUGUUCUAAAACUUCUGACAAAGGGUACACUCAGAUUUAGCACAUAGAGAGAGGCGGAAGGGACACUGGGAUGGUUCCUUUGUUGUUUUUGAAGCCCGACAAGGCGGUUCCAAGAUGUUUGUCCUAGCCUAAACUCGUUUUCAACCCAAGGUUUUUGACCAAAGAAAGUGCGGGCAAAGAAUUCUGUGGUACAAGGGAAAUCAUAACAAGCUAUAAAGAAAGCAAAUAAAAGCAGGAUAUAAUAAGACCCAAAUCAACGUUACUUAGGUUUGCGUCUACCGAAGUGUUGGGAUGUAAAAUGCGAAUUGAAUUGCAACGUAGGCAUUUUGAAGAAAGCCGGGAUCAACUGUUUGAGAAGGUGAGCAUUCUCUUCCUAAUAAUAUGACCAAUAUUUUUCAUCAAUAAAACUUUGCAAGAAAUUUGUCUUCCACAUAAGUUUAUUAUCAUACUUCAUAAAAUUUUAGAAUAACAAAGUGAGUUUUGUGACAUAUUUGUCCAUUUCAGAUGUUUUCAGUGAAAAAGCCAAGAAAUAAGAGGGCUGCUUUAAAAACCAUAUGCAUUUAACAGUACCAACUCAUUAAUGACUAUAUAAAAUAAAUACAGAAAGAAAACAAAAACAAUUGUGCAUUUUUUUCAGUCUUAUUUUGGUGAAUGGUAACCUAAAAAACAGUCAAUACAAAGGAAAACAUCGCAUUCAAUGCACUUGUACUGGACUUUGCUGCCACAAUCAUUUUUACAAAUUCCUCUCUCCUCUACCUCCACAACAUAAUGUUUUAACCCAUUAUAUCUUUGGGUUGUAUUUGGCUGUUGCUGAAAUGAUCUUUUUCUUGAAGAAAACUUCCCAAUAAGCUUUUGGAACAGUUCUAUUUUGAAAGCUUUUUAGGCCACGUUUUCUUGAAUUUGGCUGUGCAGAUUGUAGGAUCCAUGCAUUUACAAUGCCCUGCUUGAAAAGCUCCAGAAAAAUUGGCAGCCACCACCUGUAUGACUUCCUUGAUAAAUUAUCAUAGGAAAGCGUUUGAUCAUUGGUAUCAACCCCUCCCAUGUUUUGACGAUAUGCUGUUAUACUCGGGGGACAUUUCCUGACAAUCUUUAUAGCAGUGCCUAUCUGUGCCUUUUUGACAACAUCACUUUCUGAGGGUACUGCCCUACUCAUACUGCUGAUUGUAAAGACAUCCUUAGUAUCCUUCCAUUUGCAAACAACAACUUAGAGGUCUUUCAUCCUCUACACCAUUUCACCAGCCAAGUCCACGCAUCUUGCACAACAACUUCAGUUCAUCGACCUUCAAUUUAUUAUAAUCCUCGCUUGCUAAAUCAUCAAAAUCAUUUUCAUCCACCAAGAACUCAACAUCUUCAUUUUCACUUCCCCAUGCCAUUUUGAAACUGACAAUAUUGAAAUUUUGCCCAACAGUUCCUUGUGCUUUGGGGAUAAAAACGAGGCUAAAGAGCUGAGGUAACCCUCUCAGAAAUAUCAGAUAUCAGAUAUAUGAUAUUUUUCUUCACAUUUUGAAGAUCGAAUUUUAAAAAAUGUUUACAUAAUUUUUCCUUUUAGAACUUGAGAAAAAUCGUUUUGGUAGGGAAACAAGGAAAUUAUGUGUUAUUUGAAUGUGUUUUCCUUUCAGCUUCGAUUUCAUUCGACCUAAGUUUUAUGAAACAACUACGGAAAAAGUUAUGAUUUUUUUAAAUAGGACAUAUUUUACGGAUUUUACCUAUGAUCCCAAAAGGGUCAAUUUUGUAAUUUGCUUUUUAAUUCUAAGAGAAAUAUAACCGGGUAACAAAGGGUACCAUUCCCUGCCCCCUCUGUCUAAAGCCUGUGCAUAGUCAGCUGCAGACUGCAAUACCCACAAAAACUUCCAGGCAAUAACAUAUUCUCUAAUUUUCAUGUCUUCUUUUGCUUUUCUUUUCCAUUCCUGGCAUCUCAUUGCUUCACCAUAACCCUGGCAAGGGGGGGAAUAAAGGGGUACUUCUGCACAUUUUUUGCUGGCAUUCGGACGUGUUUUUCAACGCUCGUAAAAAUGUGAGAAACUCAUCGAAAUUGUAUAUUCUAAAUAAGUUGUAUAAUAUGUUAGCUAUCUUUAUUUACUGCUAUUGCUAUGUUUUCAAUUAUUUACAAGUAAAUCAAGCUCAAAACGAGUCAAGUAUGGAAUCUGCUACUACCAACGAGAAAAUAGACGGAAUACUUUUGAUACUAAGAGGAGUUCAAUCACAGACAUCGCAACACACAGAGAAUUUUGAAAAAUUGGAAAAGCGAUUGAUGGUUUUCGAAAAGUCAAUAGAGUUCAUCAAUACCCAGUAUAAAAACCAAAGAAAAAUAACCAAUACCAUUCUCAACAAAAACACAAAAUUGGAGGCCGGAAAUGAAGUGCUCAAAAAACAAGUUGGAAAGCUACAAGCAGAAAUUAAUAGAGUCCAUAACAAAGUCAACGACUUAGAACAAUAUGGCCGAUGAGACUGUAUCAAAAUUAAUGGAAUUCUUAAGUAAGAAAACGAGAAAAAGAGUCUUUGGUGAUUUAGCUGGGUGAAAAGCUUGUGGUGAAAUGCACUGAUACAGAAAUUCAAGCCUGCUGCCAUGUUGGACCCAAGCACAAUGCUACUAUUAUCUGCAAAUUCGGAAAUAGCAAAUUGAGAGAUGUUUUCUUGCAAAAAAGAAAAGAGACAAGAAAAAUUUCAGGAAAAGAUCUGAGUUGAAAGCUGCUGACGUUAGAGUAUUCAUGAACAAGUCUUUAACCAAAAAAAAUAAGUUUCUUUUUAAACUGGCAAGAGAUAAGAAAAAAGAAAUCAGAUGGGAAUUCGUGUGGACAAGGAAUUUGGCAUCUUUGCCAGAAAAAAUAAGGAUUCGGCAUUCAUUACCAUCAGAAAUGAAUUGGACGUUAGAAAAAAUAUUGUUUGAAACUCAGGUGAUUGACUGUUUAAAGUUUACUCAUGUUAACACUUCAUUUUUGUCUUGAUGUUUCAGUUUAGGUCCUUUACUACUACCAUUAUUAUUAUUUAAUUAUUAACAUUAAUAUUUUUACCAGUACCAGGGCAGGGCAAGCAGAUUUUCAAAAUUAACCCCCAUAAUCUAAAUGAGUAGUUAUUCAUAUUCAUGCCCGAAUUGCAAAUUAUUGGUUCUGGAGAGUCAGAAUUCAAUAUAUUGUGACGCAUGUUGCAAUUGGUAUCACGUUGGGUGGGCUGUAGCAAAUGAUCGAUUCAAAGGUUUAAAUAACUAGGAAAUGACACCUCUUUGACAUGGUUUUGUAAAGACUGUGUUGCAGAUGCGUUAUCUUUUCGAGAAAUGAAAAUGUUCCAUUCUUAAGAGCGAUUUCGGUAGACAAGAACCAACACCAUUUGAUUAUUGACAUUAACAAAUCCUGCUCUGUUUGCGAUAAACGUGUAAAUAAUAUUGAAAAAGCGGUUUCUUGUUAUCAUUGUCAACGCAAUAUUCACAUCAGGAAAUGCUCUGGUUUAACAGAACAAGAUAUUUCAAAUCCAGGUGCUGACGCACAACAAUGGCUUUGUCUUAGCUGUCGCAACUGUAUUUUUCCUUUCAAUUCUGUUUACGCUCAGGAUAUUCUUUCCAAUAACUUUAAUUCUAAUGAGCUAUGUCCUUGUAAUGACGUAACAAAAGAACUAACAGACUACAUAUGUUUAGAAACUAUUACAGAACUAAAUCUAGAUAAACUUGAUCUUAAUCAUUUUCAUCCGAAUACAGAUAAGGAUAUUGAUCAAAACUUAAACUUAAAUGCUAAUUUCAAAUUUUAAUAUAAUAUUCUAUUUUGCAUGCUCUAAUUUCAAAUUUCAUAAGGUAGAUAAGAAACUAAAUUCUUAACAUUCACCCUUCUUUAGUCUGAUACACACAAAUAUUUGCUCUUUGAAUAAAACUUUGAAACUUGACAUUAUCGCUCUAUCUGAAACACGGAUAGCCAAUAAUAAUGAAUCAAAUACUGAAAAUUUAGCGUUACAAGGGUAUCAAAAAUACACAGGAAAUCUGGUAAAAGUAUGAAAAAGGGCUGCGGCUUCUUUGUGUCUGACGAACUAUCUUUUAAUACUCGAGAAGACUUGUAUACUUCCCACUUAGAUAAUAGUAGUGAAUUAGAAGCAAACUGGAUCGAAAUUAAAUCUCAGAACAAUAAAAAACCUCUCGAUUGCUGUUAUUUGUUGUCAUCCAAGAAAAAGAAAUGAUGUUGAGUUCCUAGAUUAUCUAACAAACAUAAUCUCUAGUAAACUUUGAAAGGAAAAGAAGACAGUCUUUAUUACUGGAGAUUUCAAUAUUGAUCUUUUAAACAUUUAUUCAAAUGAAUAUACCGAAAAGUUUAUGAAUUUUAUGUUUUCAAACUUUUUCCAGCCACAAAUAUUUCAGCCCACUAGAUUUAUCGGUAGUAAUAAACCAUCAUUGAUUGAAUUUUUUUCAAAUUCAAUAGAACAUGAAACAUUAAGUGGAAAUUUAAUAACAAAAGUCUCCGAUCAUUUACCAAACUUUUUAUUUUGUAAAAGUAUCAAUCUAAAAUCAAGAAGUGAAAACAGUAUUGCUACCUAGCUUCCAAAGAAAAUUUUUAGGACAAUGAGCAGCGAUGCUUACAGUGCAGUAUCCUGGUCCUUUCUUUGUAAUCACACCUCAUGAUUCCUAUGCCUGGAAAUACUAGACCAGGCCGAGAAUGGGUGUAGUUAACCCCAUUGCUUGACCUGAUGUUAUAGCUAACCCCACGUAGAGUGCAGAUUUGGUAUAGCCCAACCCAUUUCCUACCAACUUCCAGCUUUUGGGGCACCAUAACCAAAUCUUUGUCCAAUAUCAAAAGGUUGCUAUUCUUUGAGGAUCUUGUUGUUAUAAUGCAAACUCUGUCUAGAUUUAGCUAUUUCUAAGCUUUUCAGAGCUAUGUGAUUGGCAUUCUGAAUAGCCUUGCGUAAUGACUGACUAUAAUCAGAUUGGCUUGAUGGAUUCUCCAGAGGUACACUUAACUCAAUUUCAAUGGGCAUGCGUGCUGGGUGCCCAAAAACUAACUCAUAAGGAGAGAAACCUGUUGAUUCAUGUACACUUGUGUUUUAAGCAAAGACGGCCUGGUCUAACCAUUGGUCCCAGUCACCACUAUGGUCUGAUACAAAAUUACUAAGUAUGUCCUGCAGGGUGCGAUUUUGCCUUUCAACCAACCCAUCACCUUGCGGAUGAUAGGCUGUUGUUCGUGACUUCUUAACCCCCAUGAUAUUAUAAAUUUCAUGCAUUAAUGUACUGUCAAAAUUCCGCCCUUGGUCUGAGUGGAUGACCGUCGGUGGACCAAACCUGGAGAAAACGCGAGAGACAAGUGUAUUGGCUACAGUGGCAGCUUUUUUAUCCUUUGUUGGGAAUGCCUCACACCAUUUGGUGAAGUGGUCCAUCAUGACAAAAAUAUGUUUGUUACCCUUAGCUGUUUGUUUCAGAGAUAGGUCCCAUAUAAUCUAUUGCCCAAAAAAGAAAUGGCUCACUGACUUGAAUGGGUUGCAAAGGAGCUCGUGUCUGUUUGGAAUCAUGUUUUCCUUGGCUACAAGCUGGACAAUUUUGAACAAAGUUGGUAAUAGAAUCAAUCAUUUUAGGCCAGAAAAAUCGUUCCUUACACCGCAUUAUAGUGCGCCUAAUGCCCAUAUGGGCCACAAUGAAGACUUUGGAGAAUAUUAGGGAUUGAACUAUCAGGUAUGACCACACGUUCCCUAGAAAACCCAUGCAUAGAUACCAAGGCCCUUACCAGCAGCCCAUUACUGAAAUACAGUUGAUCCCAGCAACUCCAAAAAGAUGAAAGAUUGGGGUUCCUUUUCCACACAAAUAAAGGGUGUUUUGGAAAACCUUGUUCCUUAAUUUCAAUAAGCUUCAAUAUAAGGGGGUCAGCACGCUGAGCUUGAUGCAGAUUUGCAUCUGGUAAUAAAUUCACUAAACAACUUACAGCAGGGUUGGUUUGACUAUUUUGGUAAUGAUUUAAACGAGAGAGAGCAUCUGCAUUUUGGUUGGAGCUACUAGGUCUAUGGCUUAUUGUAAAAUCAAAUUCUUGGAGAUCCAUGAGCCACCUGGCGAUACAACCCUUAAGUUCUACAGAAUGCAACCAUUUAAGGGCCUGAUUGUCAGUGAUAAUCUGGAAUGCAUGGCCUACAAGAUAAAGACGAAGGUGUUGAGUGGCAAAGACAAUAGCCAGGGCUUCCUUUUCCAUGGUGGAAUAAUUUUGCUCCCGAGGAGACAGGAUCUGACUGGCAUAAGAUAAUACAGCACCAAGGCCAACAUUGGAUGCAUCAGUUUGCAAAAUAAAAGGUCAAUCAAACUGAGGGUUCGCCAAGAUGGGAGCAGAACAUAAGAGUGCUCUUAGUGUUUCAAAAGCAGUCUGGUGCUGUUCUGUCCACUUAAACGGAAUACCUUUCUUGGUAAGUUCAGUCAAAGGAGCUGCCAUGGUUGCAAAUUGAGGGAUGAAACGCCUAUAAUACCCUGCUAGUCCUAAGAAUGAUCUAAGCUUGUCCAGGUCAGUUGGUGGGGGUAAAUCCUGCACAGCCUUAACUUUAGAUGGAUCAGUAUGAACCCCUUUACUUGAGACACAGUGACCUAAAUAAAUGACCUGAUCGGUACCAAAGAGCAUUUAGAAGCCUUGACACGCAGCCCAUUUUCAGAAAAGCGUUGCAAAACAGAUGGUAAAUGCUCACAGUGUUGUUAAAUGGUAUCAGAAAAAAUGAUUACGUCAUCAAAAUAACAAAGGCAUAUAUCAUAGGUUAAACCUGAUAAUAUAAUGCUAACGGCCCUAGAAAAUGUUGCUGGAGCUGUUGAUAAUCCAUAUGGCAUACAAAGGAAUUCAAAUAGGCCACCAGGGGUAAUAAAAGCUGUUUUUUCUCUAUCUUCUGGGGUCAUACUUACAUGCCAGUAACCGCUGCGGACAUGCUUUAACCUUUAACCGCCGCUCAGAGGCUUGACUAAUACUGUAUGCAGUAAUAUAAGAUAAUUCAGAAUCUUCACUGAGGCUACAUACCAUACCUAUUUCUUCUUUACAACACUUGGGGAUUUGAGCUUGUAUAAUACUUUCUGUUCUACCUGGGAUGGAUAUAUCAGUGCUUGAGGUCACAAAGACAGGCCCAUAGUCUGAUGAUUGGACAAAAACAGGUAUAUCUUCCUAACAAGAUGAUUUGACAGGGGCAGAAAGACCUGGGGGUGGAGGUUGGACAGGAAGAGACAAAGGGGUCAAAGGUGUGCUGCCAUGGGGCCCAACAAGGCAAUAGGAGUCCCCUACUACAGUCAACUGCAAAGAAUAAAAGGUCAAACAAUCCCAACCAAGUACACAUUGCAGAGGGGCAAGCACAUUAUCACAUACCAAGAACUCUCCUACAUAC